AUGGCGGACGAACCAGGUCAACCCCCCGCGCUCACCAGCCUGAGCCUUGCCGAAAAGGCCCCCGAGACUAAGUCUACCGGCCAGAUUGUGACACCUUUCGAUGUAUCCGGUGGUGUGGAUGAGUCAGGCAAACUUCUCCCCGUCGACUACGACAAGCUGGUACAACAGUUCGGCGCGAGUCCUUUGACUCCAACCAUCCUUGAGCGCUUCGAAAAGGUCACUGGCCACCGACCGCACCGUUUCAUGCGCCGUGGCAUUGUGUUCAGUCACCGUGACCUGACCAAGAUCCUCGACUGCCAUGAGAAGGGCAAGCCUUUUUACCUCUACACUGGCCGUGGUCCGAGUAGUGACAGUAUGCACGUGGGCCACACUGUGCCGUUUGAGUUCACCAAGUGGCUGCAGGAUGUCUUCGAUGUCCCCCUGGUUAUCAUGAUGACUGACGACGAGAAAUACAUGCACUCCGCCAAGAUCGAGAUCGAGGACGCCAAACGAUACACCAAGGCCAACGCAAGAGACAUUAUUGCUGUUGGAUUUGAUAUGAAGAAGACCUUCAUUUUCAGUGAUUUCGACUUCGUCGGAGGCGCCUUCUACGAGAACAUUUGCCGCAUGGCCAAGCGCAUCACAAUCAACCAGAUCCGCGGUACCUUUGGAUUCAAUGACAGCAACAACAUCGGAGAGUUCCACUUCUGCGCCACCCAGUCUGCUACAGCAUUUGCGACCAGUUUCCCCCAGAUCUUUGGUACCGAUUUCAAGAAGGUCUCUUCCAUUCCCUGUCUGAUCCCUUGCGCCAUCGACCAAGACCCCUACUUCCGUCAAUGCCGUGAACACGCCGAGAAGAUGAAGUACAAGAAGCCCUCGCUCAUCCACUCGAUCUUCUUGCCUGCCCUUCAAGGACCCGGCUCCAAGAUGUCCGCCAGUGUGGAUAGCUCUGCCAUUUUCAUGAGCGACACUCCCAACAAGAUCAAGAACAAGAUCAACAAGUUUGCUUUCUCCGGUGGUCAGGAGACCGCUGAGUUGCACCGCGAGCUGGGUGGUAACAGCAAGGUCGAUGUGCCCUUUCAGUACUUGACUUUCUUCCUUGAGGAUGACGAGGAACUCGAGCGCAUCCGCGCCGCCUACGAGAAGGGUGAAAUGAUGACUGGUGAGAUGAAGCAGCGCUGCAUCGCUGAGCUUCAGGCGUACGUGACUGGAUUCCAGGAGCGUCGGGCCAAGGUCACUGAUGAGAUUGUGGCUGAAUACAUGCGUCCUCGCCCUCUCGAGUGGAAGGGAAACUCUAACCCAGUGGUGGCCGAAAAGAAAUAG